AUGGUGCUACCCGCCACCCUCUCGCGCGACGCCAGAGCUCACUCGUGCCCUGCACAGGACGGCCAGGGGGAAGCGGGGCCGCCGCGCCCGUGCAGACCGCCCGCGUUCUACAGCUCCGUGUUCGCGCAGAUCGAAGAGGUCGGGUGGGGGCAGCUAGUGAGCGCCACAGGCGACGACGGCGUGUCGUGCAUCACCUUCCGCGUCGUGGAUGAGCAGCGACGGCAACAUUUACUGGAGAUCACACUGCCCAUGAACUACCCGGCAUGCCCUCCUUCAAUUGCUGCGGAUGUUCCUUAUCUCCCCAAAUUACAGUGGUCAAAAAGCUCGAGACUGAAGGAUGUUCUCUGCCAGUUCCAAGCGCACCUGAAGGUAUUGCAAGAUUACUGGUCUACAAUGGAUGGCAUUGACAAGGCCCUUUGGGUUGUCGAUCCUACAAAGCCGACAUAUGCUAUGUCUCAUCGUCGCAUAGCUUUGGGUGAUGAUUGCUAUAUUUUACUACAUGUUGAUGCGCACAAGCCCAACUCCUUACCAGAGUGCCGCUUCCUAGGCACAGAUGGGAAACUGGAAAGGCUGAUAAAGAAUUGGAGAAAAAAUCGUAAGAGAUGGAGCGCUGACGGAAAGUUCCAUGAGAACCUGGCAACCGUCUUAGAUUUUGCUCUGCCGCAACCCCCUUCUGUGAGUAUCAAAGAUGACCAGCAAGCUGAUUGUGGGAUAUGUUACGCGACGCAUCUGCCCGUCGAUGACGAACUCGGUACUCAGAGCGGGUGCGCGGCGGACUACAAGUGCGAAAACCCUAGCUGCAGCAGAGCCUUCCACUCGGUGUGCCUGAGAGACUGGCUGCGCACCAUUACUACGACAAGGCAGUCGUUCGAUGUUCUGUUCGGGAACUGCCCCUACUGCAGCGAGCCUGUCGCCGUGAAGAGCACCGACAUCUGA